AUGGCAGAAGGUAGCUCUGUCAAUCCACUUGACUUGGGGGAGGAUGAAGAUGAAAUUCCAUGCAAUAAUAAAGGCCCUCCAGUCAAUGCUCGUGGUAGAAAAUUAAAAUCAGUUGUUUGGCAGCAUAUGGCUCGUGAAAUAUUAAAAGAUGGGAGCAUACAAGCUAUUUGCAACCACUGUAAGAUGAUUUUUACAGCAAAUAAUAGCAGUGGUACGUCUCAUCUCAAAAGACAUGUUGAUAAAUGUCCAAAACGCAUAAACCAUGAUAUUAGGAACUUUUGUAUUUCAUCUAAUCCAUCUAGUGGGGGCACUAGCAACAUGUCUUUGAAAAAUCCUAAUAUUAAUUUUGAGGAAGUACGUAGGGCUAUUUGCAUUUAUGUUGUAUCUGGUGCUCAUUCUUUUGCUACAUGUGAAGAACCUGCUUUUACCACUGAUAAUUGGAGAAGUGAACAUACAGAUGAUGAAUAUAUGUGCAUUACUGCUCAUUGGGUUGAUGCUAAUUGGAAAUUACAAAAGAGAAUAAUCAAAUUUGGGGCUUUAACACCACCGUUUGAUGGAGUUUCUCUUGCGGAUGAGAUUGCAUUAUGCAUGGGUCAAUGGAAAAUUGAUCAUAAGAUAUUUAGUUUUACAGUAGACAAUGCAUCUUACAAUGACUUGCAAGCUGGAUUAAAGGGCAUAGAUGAUGUUGUUAUCAAGAUUAAAAGUGUAGUGAAACACUUUAAGCAUUCAAUCCCAAAGAAGAAAAAGUUUUAUAGUGUUGCUGAAACAAGUUUUGAUGUUAUUGAUCAUGUGGUUAGUCGGGAUAAGGAUCUUAAAGUGUAUGCUCUCACAUUGGAAGAGUGGGUUAGAGUUUGUGAAUUGCAUGCAUUCUUGAAGCUCUUUUAUGAUGUUACAAAUACAUUUUCGGCUUCAAAACACCCCACUUCAAAUCUCUAUUUUGAUGGUGUAUGGAGGAUCCCUAAAAAGUUGAUAGAUGUUACAAACGGACCCUAA